UAUACGCUGCAAACGUCCUUUUACAAUAAGGAAAAAGAGGAGAAAACCUCCUAGAGAAAGAUUAAGGAGGUGAUUAAAUUAAAAACCUGCGAUUAGCUUCUUCUUAAUUAUUUGUUUCCUCAUUAUUGAAACGCUAAUUAGAAGAAUGGAAUGGUCCCCAAAAUAUGCUGCAAAUGCAUAUCUUGACACCCUCAAGUUGUGUAGCAAACACAAGCAGAUGUGCAAUUCAUGUGGAACCCAAGAACCAGAGUGCAACGAAUUCAUAUCAGCCUUAGCAGCUGGCAUGAGCGCCAAAUUAAUAGUAGAAGUCACAACCGAAGGAUCUCCAUCAACUGUGGCCUUAGCAGCAGCAGCUCGACAAACAGGAGGCAAAUUAGUAUGCAUUAUUCCAGAGCCAAAACUAGACAAAACACAAAAAGUAAUUCAAGAAACAGGGCUAAAUGACAUGGUAGAAUUCAAAACAGGAGACCCUGUUGAGGUCUUGCAUAAUUACGAGAACAUCGAUUUCUCGUUAGUCGAUCGAAAGACGAAUGAUUAUGACAUGUUAAUGGAAAAGCUUGACGUCAAUCCUAAAAGAUCAGUGGUUGUUACAAAUAAUGUAGAAGGGAGAAAAGGGAUGAUGGGAGGAAAAUUGAAGAAAAUGGAGAACAAAGCUAAGGUAAGGUCACUUCAGCAUCCUAUUGGUAAAGGAUUAGAGGUUACUAUGAUUGGGAAAAGUACAGAAUUUGGUAAGAAAGAAAGAAUUAGCAAAUCAGGAUGUUAUGCUCAUCUAAUAAGAGGAGAGAAAAAGAAUGGUCAUCAUGUAGUGAAUAAGAAGAGUAGUGAUAAAAGUAAAUGGCUUUUUGUGGUUGAUGAAAAAAGUGGUGAAGAACAUAUAUAUAGGAUGCCAAAAUCAUCUGGACCUUGAUUAAUUGGAGUAAUUCUAGCUAAUUACAUGGUUCUUUGAAGCUUUUCUUGAUUUCUAUAAGUGAAAUGAGAAUAUUUGUGGGCUUCUCGUUUUCGAAUGAAUGAAGCAUGUGAUCCGUUGGGAGCGUAAAUUUCCAAAUGAAGAUGAGAAAUAUGAAUGUAGGUGAAGUUGCUCAAUUGGGUCAAGUGUUGUGGACACAUUGAGAAUUCUUUUUAUUUUCUUUUCUAUUUCCCUCCUUCCUCCUUUUGUCUGUUUUUCAUUGCUGCAUUUGGUGGGUGCAGAAGGAGAAGGGGGAGGUGUAGUGGGAAUAAUUGUUGCUUGCAUUGGUUGUAUUAAUUAGGAGGAGGAGAUAUGUAGUGAUUGCAUUGUAAUUUGUUUCUUGUUGCUUUGUUAUGUACUCCAAAGACUAAUUCAAGAAUAUAAGUUAGUGUGUGUGAAA